CAGGCCGCCGCCGUCAUGGAAGCCGCCACCGCCGGUGACGGGGACGGGGCGCCGCCGGAGGAGAGGACGCCCCCGGCUCCUUCUCCGCCUCCGGCGCCGGCUGCCGUGCCAGCCGCCCCGGCUCCGGCCUCGGCCUCAGCCUCCGGGGGCGGCGGCGGCCCCUCUGGCUCCGGGGAGAAGACGGCCAAGCGCAUGAUGAAGACCCCCUACCAGCUGGACGUCCUCGAGCAGACGUACCAAGCGGAGCAGUACCCGACGGAGGCCAUGCGCGCCGAGCUGUCGGUCAAGAUAGGCCUGUCGGACAGGCAGCUGCAGAUGUGGUUCUGCCACCGCCGGCUCAAGGACCGCAAGCCGCCCGCCAAGAAGCAGCGCCGCGACGACGACGUCCCCGCGGCCGCGCCCCUGCCGGUAUCGCCCGUGCUAGCGCCGCUGCACGCAAUGCCGCUGGCGAGCAGCGACCACAUGAUGGGCGGCGGCGGCAGCCCGUACGACGAGCCGCUGCACCCCGCUCACACGCGCAGGGGGCCCGGGCGGUCCUCCGCCGUGCCCAGGAUUUCUGGGCCUGACAUCGGGAGGAGGUACUACGAGCCGCUGCCUGUCAUGCUCGCGCCACCCGUGCCGGCGAUGCAGUACAGGCAAGAUGAGCUCAGGAUUAUCACUUCUGUGGAGUCGCAGCUCGGGGAGCCCAUGAGGGAGGAUGGACCGGUCCUCGGAAGCGAUUUUGAUCCGCUUCCUCCAGGCGCCUUUGGCGCACCCAUUGUUCCGGAGCAACAAAAACAGCCUGUCCGCUCUUAUGAUGCAAAGAUAUUUUCUAGGAAUGAUCCAAAUCUCUUGAAGGUAUCGUCAUUCCUGCCCAGCAUGGAGCACCCUUUUGUUCCGAAUUCAUUUCCUGGGAAGAGAAAAACAACUGUUGCUAAUCCACCUCAAGUUCACCCUCAUGGUGGAUCGCGGGCAGUUCAUGAGUAUCAAUUUCUUCCUGAGCAGCCAAGUGACACAUACGACAGAGCAAGUAGAUCUCAUUACUACGACACUCCAGUUGAAGCUUCAAAUUCGAGGGUAUCAUCUCUCAAUCCAGGAUCGCAUCUUCUCCAUGGAUCUGAGGAGAUGGCACCUGGUUAUACUUUUGAAGGCCAAGGUCUUUUGUCUCAAUCUGGCAGGCCUCAGGUGUUUCCUGCAGUACCAACAGAUUAUGAGGCGAAUCAGUCUAAUAGCAACCUUAAUUCUGUACCAAUCGAUGGUCAGUUUGGUAUUUCUGAAGUUGCUGGCUUCGAAGAUCCACUUGUAUCAUCGGAAACUAGGGCUUAUCAUGACGAAGAUGCUUCUCGAGUGGAUAGAAAGCGAAAACAUAAUGAGGAAGCAAAAAUUGCAAAGGAAGUUGAAGCUCAUGAAAGACGAAUUAGGAAGGAGCUUGAGAAGCAAGAUAUUUUGAGGAGAAAGAGAGAAGAACAAAUGCGCAAGGAAAUGGAGAGAAAUGACCGUGAAAGGAAAAAGGAAGAGGAGAGAUUUCUGCGUGAAAGGCAAAGAGAGGAAGAGAGGUUACAAAGGGAGCAAAGGCGGGAACAUGAGCGCAUGGAGAAGUUUCUACAGAAGCAAUCUAGACGAGCAGAGAAACAAAGACAAAAGGAGGAACUCAGAAAAGAGAAAGAGGUGGCGAGGCAAAAGGCUGCCGAUGAAAGGGCCACAGCACGAAGAAUUGCCCGGGAGUAUAUGGAGCUUGUGGAAGAUGAGCGCUUGGAGCUAAUGGAGUUGGCUGCACAAAGCAAAGGGUUACACUCAAUGCUCUGUCUCGAUAGCGACACAUUGCAGCAGCUUGAUUCAUUUCGAGGCAUGUUGAGCCAAUUCCCCCCUGAAACGGUGAGACUUAAGGUGCCAUUUUCGAUAAAGCCUUGGACAGGAUCUGAGGAUUGUGUUGGGAAGCUUUUGAUGGUGUGGAAAUUCUUGAUAACUUUUGCUGAUGUUCUUGGGCUUUCUUCAGUUACACUUGAUGAGUUUGUUCAGUCUCUUCAUGAUUAUGAUUCAAGGUUGUUGGGGGAGUUCCAUGUUGCUCUGCUGAAAUCCAUCAUAAAGGAUAUUGAGGAUGUUUCCCGAACUCCGUCGGUUGCACUGGGGGUGAAUCCAGGAGGUGGACAUCCACAAAUUGUGGAAGGGGCAUAUUCUUGGGGGUUCAAUAUUCGUAACUGGCAGCGCCACCUUAAUCUUCUUACUUGGCCUGAAAUAUUGCGGCAGUUUGCUUUAUCUGCUGGUUUUGGACCUCAGUUGAAGAAAAGGAAUGCUGAAGAUGUUUUUUAUCGUGAUGAAAAUGAGGGCCGGGACAGUGAGAAUGUCAUAUCCACUCUCCGAAAUGGUUCAGCAGCUGUGCGUGCUGCUGCUCUGAUGAAAGAAAGAGGCUACACCCAUCGCCGAUCUCGGCACCGCCUCACUCCUGGGACAGUAAAAUUUGCUGCUUUCCAUGUGCUUUCUCUGGAAGAUAGCAGCGGUCUCACAAUAUUGGAUGUUGCAGAAAAAAUCCAGAAAUCUGGACUGAGAGAUCUUACCACAAGCAAGACACCUGAGGCAUCUAUAGCUGCUGCCUUGUCAAGGGAUACAAAACUUUUCGAGCGAACUGCUCCUUCAACAUAUUGUGUCAAAUCCCCUUACAGAAAAGAUCCAGCUGAUUCCGAGGCUGUAUUGUCAGCAGCACGUGAAAAAAUUAGGGCUUUUCAGAAUGUGCUUUCUGACUCCGAAGCUGAAAAAGAGGUGGAUGAUGUUGAUAGGGACGACGACUCUGAAUGUGAUGAUGAUCCUGACGGUGAUGAUGUGAAUAUUGAUGUAGUAGAUGAGAAGGAUCCCCUUCUUGCUGUUAAAGCACAAGAUGUAGUAGCAACAGCAACUGAAGUUGGUGACAUAAAGGGGAAGAUAGAUAGUUUGGAUACUGCAUUAACCCAACCAAUUAGUUUGAUUGCACCGGGAAAAGGUGCUGGCAUGCUUUCUUUAGGCAACUCCAGUGCAGCAGGUACUUCAAGUGUCUCACCUCUCAGAGCUUCCUCAGAUCAUCACGAGGUAGUCACUGGUGAUGCUGAAGAUACAGAGAUUGAUGAAAGCAACCAAGGUGAGUCUUGGGUACAGGGACUAUCAGAAGGUGACUAUUGCGAUCUUAGUGUCGAAGAACGGCUGAAUGCAUUGGUCGCACUUGUUGGUGUUGCCACCGAAGGAAACUCUAUUCGAGCUGUUCUUGAGGAGCGUUUGGAAGCAGCAAAUGCCAUAAAAAAACAAAUGUGGGCAGAUGCACAACUUGAUAAGAGGCGAUCCAAGGAAGACUUUGCUGGAAAAAUGCAGUAUAAUUCUUACACAACUUCGAAGGCUGAUGUUCCAGAACAUAAUGCUACAGAGACUACUCCGACUCCAGUCCGUAAUCUUGAUAUAGACAAUGAUGGAAAUGUGGGGGCUAUAAAUAACAGUGAGAUGGUUAAUCAACAUAGUCAGAGUAAUGCUGGGAAUCUUCCUUAUGAGCGAAAUGGUGUAGGGCAAGACAUCAGUGCAACACCAGAUGUUUUAUCUGCUCAGCAGUAUGCAUAUGCUGAUAAAACACGCUCUCAGCUGAAGUCAUACAUUGGUCAUAGAGCAGAGCAGCUAUAUGUUUACAGAUCGCUGCCCCUGGGGCAGGAUCGGAGACGAAACCGGUAUUGGCAGUUCUCCACUUCUGCAUCACCAAAUGACCCUGGUUCAGGAAGAAUCUUUUUCGAAUCAAAAGAUGGACAUUGGAGGGUUAUAGACUCAGAGGAGGUUUUUGAUUCUUUAGUAGCUUCCCUUGAUACACGUGGCAGCAGGGAGGCGCAGUUGCAUUCGAUGCUGCAAAGGGUUGAAUCAACAUUUAAGGAAGGCAUUAAGAGGAAAAGGAGCACAGCUAUAGAACAAUCAAAUGGAAGGCACCUAAAGAAUGGAGCUACUGAUAUGGUGCGUGCAAAUUAUCGUAGCGAGUUUGGAAGCCCAAGCAGUAGUCUUUCUAGUGUUUCUGCUGAUAGUGCCACAGCAUAUUCUGAUUCUUUCAAAAUAGAACUUGGGCGCAAUGAUGUGGAGAAGAUAGCUAUCUCAAAAAGGGCUGAUGGUUUUGUAAAAUGGAUGUGGAGGGAAUGCUUCAAUCGUCAACAGACAUGUGCCAUGAAGUAUGGGAAGAAAAGAUGCUCUGCAUUGAUGUGUUCUUGUGAUUAUUGCUAUCAGAUUUACUUAACAGAAGAAAGGCACUGCUCUUCUUGCCACAAGACCUUCAAAUCCAUUCACAAUUUUUCUGAGCACACAUCACAAUGUGAAGAAAGGCGGAGAACUGACCCUAACUGGAAGAUGCAAAUUGCGGACUAUUCUGUUCCAAUUGGAAUGAGAUUGCUCAAGUUGCAGUUAGUUACUAUUGAGGCUUCGGUACCAUCAGAAGCACUUCAACCAUUUUGGAGUGAUGGAUAUCGGAAAUCUUGGGCUGUGAAACUGCACUCCACCACAUCUGUUGAGGAAAUAUUUCAGAUGUUGACUCUGCUGGAAGGUGCAAUAAGACGAGAUUACCUGUCUUCUGAUUUUGAAACAUCAAAUGAAUUGCUUAACUCAAAGACACAAGAUACGCCAUCCCAGAGUCCUUUCGGUCUAUCUGGAAUUUCUGUACUUCCAUGGGUUCCUGACACUAUUGCAGCCGUCACAUUAAGAAUGUUAGACCUUGAUUACGCGGUUUCAUACAUUAAAAAUGAAAAGAAGGAGAGAGAUGGUGGAGAUUCCGUGAAGCUUCCAUCAAGAUAUAGUGUUGUUAAGAAGACACAGGAUAUAGAGCCAUUGGAAGCAACUGGUUUUGACCUUUAUGAUGCAAGGUGCCCCCCCAGUAGUGGCCGCAGGGGUCGUGGAAGAGGAAGUAGAGGAGGUAGCAGAGGAGGAAGAGGUCGAAGUCGAGGUGGAAGGAUCCCAAGAGGUACUAGCAGCUCAUCUAGGAUUGAAUUUACAGAUGACAAUGGUUCGUAUGAGAAAGCCCCCAAAAAGAAUGCACGUCGAGGACGUGGACGUGGUCGUGGCCGUGGGCGAGGACGUCGAACAGUUAGACCUCGGCAGCCAUCAUCUGAGGGCAGAGGUAGAUCAAUUCCAAAGGCUAAUUUGUUGGGAAGCUUUCACAUGCUUAGCAAUGUGAAGCCUUCAACUGUCGAGGAGUCUCCACGAAGCUCAGGUGCGGAAGAGUGGGGCUUGGAGAACAGAAGACCGUAUAUCGACAGGGGUGAGAACAGCUCUGGAUCCCAAUCAGACCAAUCAGAAGACAACGAGGAAAAUGGGCAACCCAUGGACGAGGAAUACGACGACCAGCCCCCAGCAGGCUACUCCAGAGCCUAUUCUGGUGGGUCCAGACCCCAUGGCAUGAUGGAUGAUGAGACUGAGGAGGACGAUGAAGAGGCUGAAGGGGAUGCAGAGAGUGAUGAUGAUGACGUCGACGAAGAUGAGCUGAACCAUGCAGCUGCUGAUGUUGAUGAUGAGAUGGAUGAGGAUGAUGAUAUAGGCGAUGAUGGAGACGAUGGUGGUGACGGUGUUGAGGCGAAUGCAGAUGAAGAUGCAACAUCAUACUCAUCUGAGUACAGUGAAUAAGAGCCCCAGGAAGAUGGGAGUAUUAUCCCCAAAUCUCCAGUGGACAUUUAGGCAAGUAAUAGUGAAUUGACAAUAAGCCUUUGCCCCUUUUGGGCAAACUGCUAGAGGUGGAAGAGAGAACCUGUUGGUCGGUAGGCUGGUUUGGAUGUAGUAGUACAGCAUGCUUGUAUUUGGUUGUCUGGCUGUCUGCCUGGACAAUCAGUCAACCAGUGUAUAAAAAAGCUUGUGACUUGUUAGUUUCAAUUCGCUGGAGCAAUUCCCUCAUGUGUACAAUGUGCCCAAGGCAAAUUACAGCUGACUUGCAUGUGCUACUAGAAGUGUCUGUUACAUUA